UGUUAAACAAAAUAAAACUGAGCGGCAACAAUUGCAAUCAGACGACGGCCCAAAACUAGAAACCCUAAACUACACAUAGAAUCUUCCCCUUUCUGGAAAACCCUAGCUUUCAGCGUCCUCCGCAGCCGUCGCAAGUUUUGAAUUGAGCAGAAAUGAAGGUAAUCGCCGCCUACUUGCUCGCCGUCUUGGGAGGGAACACUUGCCCUUCCGCGGAUGAUUUGAAGGAUAUUCUCGGAUCAGUUGGAGCUGAGGCUGAUGAUGAUAAGAUAGAGUUGCUCUUGUCUGAAGUCAAAGGUAAAGAUAUCACCGAGCUAAUUGCAGCUGGAAGGGAGAAGUUGGCUUCAGUUCCUUCUGGUGGUGGUGCUGUUGCCGUUGCUGCUCCUGCAGCUGGUGGUGCUGCUGCUGCACCCGCUGCUGAGGCGAAGAAAGAGGAGAAAGUUGAGGAGAAGGAAGAGUCUGAUGAUGAUAUGGGUUUCAGCCUCUUCGACUAAGCUAGCAAUGCAAAUAUCAAGGCUUGUGAUACGCAGUUAGUGCUUUUAUUGAGUGUUGUAAGGGAUUAUAUGUUUUUGGUCUGUAGUUGGACAUGGUUUUAGAUCUUCUUGGAACUUUAAGUUUUGUUUGGAAAAUGUAGUUAAAAGAUGCUAACAUUUCAGUUAUAAUCGUGGAUUUUUGGAUUACCCACAAUACCACUACUUAUGGUUGAGUUCAACUGAAUGACUCUAAUACUUAAUAAUUCUAGCUAGAUAAUGUGGUGGAUUGUGAUUU